AAUCCGCGUUCGUGAACUUGAAAGAGUGCUUGACCUCGUCCAUUGCGAGUGGUCGUCGCGUAUACCUUGGCCUGUUUCUGAUCUACGGUACUAUCAUCUAGGAUUGGGUCAAUAGAUCUAUCCUUCUGUUAUAAAACUUACCUGACUUCUGCAUGCUGCAUCGUCGUCCCACUAACUUGGAUCACGACGUGCAGUGAGUCGUCCGCCAACGCUUCUGUGGAGUAACUUACGCGACACUGUUCUGUAGCUUGCCAACACUGCAUAUUUCCAGGACGAGUCGCACUGUGAGAUUGCUAUGAACGCAGGAGAGGAGAGCAUCAGUGAAGAGUCGCAAGCUACGAUGUUGCUGGAGAGCGUUCUACGCCCGCAAACAGGGUUCGCGAAGGACACGUUCUCGAUACAUGAGCCAUGCACCCGUGCUCGCGCGCAAGGAAUCUCUUCCAGCGCUAGCCUGCGUUCUGCCGCUCCUCAAUAUCGUUUCCAGGGACUUGCGACUACUCAGACAGAGUCUCAGUCUGAGAAUGUCUCACAGGGUGCACCGGGUUUAGAUGGACACCCCGCAUUUGAUGAAAUACCACCCGUAUUGGAGCAGGAGAAGAGGCAAGAAGCUAAUCGUGCAGCCGUUGGUUCUGUUGAAGCAGGCCACUCUGCAAGGCGCUCAGCACGGCUUGGCAGCACAAAAACACUUCCUUCACGCAUGUCGCGUAGUCCUGGUGCUUCUGAUUUGAAAUCAAGUAGAAGUCCCUUUGUUUCUCCUGGUCCGUCAAAUCGACAUCCUAAGCCCCCAUCACGCUAUGCUCCUCAGCUUCGGAGACAAAGAUCACUAUCUCCUGUUUCACAAGACUCCUUCGCCGGGCCAUUGCCUUUGGAGGAUCAGGAAAAACUUUACAUCCGGACAGCAAGGGCCUUCCACGUUCCUUUGAACCAGCUAAGCCAAUCCCAGGAGUCUGUGGAUGACAGAAAAGAUAUAAAUAGUUCUCCAGAUAGCCCUUUAGCUACUGAGCAUUCUCUGACAACGGAACCUAUGCCCUCUGGACAGCUAGAAUCCCAGGGAUAUGGUCUCACUGACGACUCCAUCUACGGGGACCUUUCACUUGCACAGGGCCAAGGUGCAAAUGCAUUCUAUGAUGUAAUUCUUUCUGUGCCUUCACCUACGUCUUCACCUGAAUCGUCUGCUCCCUCAUCUUCUUACUAUCGACUCAUGGACGGUGACUAUGGCAACAGCAAGAAAGACAGUCAGGAACUCUUAGAAACUCAGCUUUAUGAGGAGACCCAGCCGGUUGCCACUCAAAUAACGCCAAUCCAAGAAACUCAACCUACCACUGAUCUUCACACUGUCCCUGAUUCUGAGACCACUCCAUCGGCUCAGCCUGGCACCUCUGUCGCGACAGGUAGCACUAUGGCGCGAAGGGGUUUACUGGCAUUGGUAGAUUCUCGCAAGAAAUGGAGAAUACAAAACUACGAACAAAUGCAGAGGGCCACGGCAAGUACCACGAACACACAAUUGGACACGCAGUUGGACACUACAGGGGCUACGUAUGGUGAUACUGUUUGGCAAGACACUCAGCCGUCGGAAGAUCCACCAAUGCCCCGUAGGUCUCCGUUGGUCCCGCCGGCCCCGUCUUCUCGUCAAUCUUCACCUGAAGCUCUCAGGCGCAGGGAGGAGGUGGCCACUGAAGAGAUUCCGGAUUCGGAGCCUCCACAACCAGAAGCAUACCAUGAUUCGCCUCGUCUACCCAUUGGGGUGAGUGGCAUCCAGGGAAGAUUCAGGGCCCUCUCAGUUUCCACUGUUUCUGAAGAAGAAUCUACAAUUCCCGGCCUUGUCGUCCCAGCUGUUAUACCUGUCGAGGUACCGCAGAAGCAGGAGGUGGAAGAAUCGAGCGAUGAUGAGGGAGAUGAUAUCCCGCUUGCUGCAGUUGUCAAGGCGAAUCCUGCUUCGAAGGUUGAAAAGACCCCUGCUCCGGGUUCCAGAGGCGAGGGUCCUCCUGCUGAAAUGCCUCCUCCAAAGUCUGCUCCUCGCGGGCCACCUCAAAGUGCAGCAGCUACAAGGGUACGGCGUCGACCAAAUAGCGCCGCUGAGCAGGAUCCCAAAAAUCUUGCCAAUAAAUCCUGGGAAAACGCCGUUAUCCCUUCUUCUGAGCCUCAAGAGAACGCUACUCGGUCGUCUCUUAAGGCACCUCCGUCUAGCAAUGCUGCCAAAACGAGCAUUAAACCAUCAUCUCGUCCGAUCUCGAUGCGUAGCUUUGCUGAUUCCACAUCUACACUAAAUCCCGUUACUCCCGUUUCUAAUCCCCACUAUGUAUCUCGCGCAGGUUCCGAAGCUGAAACCGUUAUCGGCGGGCCCGUCAUGCGACCUCCUUCUGACAGCGUAGACCAGGCGACUGAACUUGCGGAUGACGACCCAAUGGAUGUCGAUUACGAAUCUGAAGUUCAAACGCGGUCACGCAAACGCAAACGAACUGCUUCCGUCAAAGUCAAGAGGGAGCCCAAGUCCACGGUUAAGCGCGGGAACGUAUCACCAACUCCUUCUCGUCCUCCUAAACGCCAAAAAUCGGGUUCAGUUGCUCUAACGCCAACACGGGUAUUUGCUCUGUGGAAGGAUGACAACUGCUAUUAUUCAGCCGUUGUUCAUGAACUUUCAAAAGGAUCUAUUGGUCGUUUUCUCGUCAAGUUCGAUGAUGGGGACAAAGACUAUCUUGAUGUCCGCAAGCUGCGUCUAUGCCAGCUUCAAGAAGGCGAUCACGUUCUAUUUGACCAUGGUGAGAGAGGCACAAUCGUUGAGGUCUCGGGCGAUGCUCCAAACGACACUGUGUUGGUAGAGGUCGAUGAUGGGGCAGCACUCAUCCGUCAAAAAAUGAGAGUCAGGGAUGUCCGGAUCGCAGGCCGCACUCUCCAGUCUGAAUGGAAGGAUCGCAUGUUGCAACCUGACGAGAUCAUCACGGCCGUUCGUCCCAGAGCGGUGAAACCAUCACCGGCACAGUCGAGGAUGUCGUUGGCCAGUGCAGGGUCUUCCAAGAGUAUUCGCAGCAGGAUCCUCGGGAAGACUGGAUUUGUAAUUACUAUGUCUCCUGGUAACAGUGACUGGGACUCAGAGAAGAAAACGAUCAUGGCGUCUGUGAAAACGUCUGGUGGCCAUGUCUUUGACGAUUGGGGACAGGUCUUCAAGAUGGAGGGCAGGUCAUCACAAGGCGGUAAACGCUGGAUAAUCGAGGAGGGCGAUGUGACCUUCAUGAAACCCGAACUUGACAGAGUCUUCCUACUUUCCGAUCAAUGCAAUCGCAAACCAAAAUUCCUCAUAGCUCUUGCGCUUGGCAUUCCCUGUCUGUCCCUUGAUUGGCUGGAGGCUUGCAUCCGCGAAAAAAACGACGUAGACUGGCACCCGUAUUUACUUCCCGCCGGUAUGAGCGAAACGCUGGACGCUCGUGUCUCUCAGUUUGUUGAUUUGGACUGGGGAAGUAGUCACUCUCAUCUGCACGAUAUAAUGGCGGACAAGGUUCCGGCCAAGCUAUUCCGUAAGAAAAAUAUCGUCUGUCUCUCCCCCGAUUUUGUACCAAACAUCACGAAAGGGGGAACCUCAGACGCAGAUAGGGCGAAGGAGGCCACUGGGCUCGUGCCCAAGAUCAUUCUCUGCAUGGGUGCCUCUCGCGUAGAGGCCGUACCAGAUGGGAAAUAUGCGUCUCAAUCUCUGAAACAAUUCGACUAUGUCAUCGUCAAAGAGGAGGGAGAGGUUGCACCUCUCCGCCUGAAGGGCGUUCCAUGCGUACAUUUCGGCUGGGUCAAGGAAUGCCUGGUUGCGGGAAGACUUCUGGAUUUCGAAUGGGACUAGACGUAUUGCUUGAUUGCUCCUUUCUUGUGUUUUUUCUUGCUUUCGCAUUGUCUAUUGCUAUCCUUGCUCAUCCACUGUAACGAUUUCAUGUAUAUUUGGCUUUUAUGUCGGGCCGCGACAUCUGUAUAUACCUAUCUCUUCUUGGAUCACGCCUAUUUCUUGUACCUCACCUAUUUCUUGUACCUCACCGAAACAAAAAGCUUGCAACUAGACCAGGCAUGUAUCCUAUAGCUAUACCGAUGUGCUGUUUCUGGU